GCAAAAGCAAACGUGUGAAGGGUAGUAUCAUUUACCACGUGCUUGUGUUGUGUCGUCGAGUUCAUAUCGACGACGUGUGGCACUGCCACAUCUCUCUGGGAUGGCCUCAGUACCGUGCGAUACUUUUCACAAAAACAUCGACGACAUCAAACGCUGCAAAGAUGGGUCCUUGGUGCUGGCAUGCAACACCUUGUUUGGCACCCUGUGGGAAGGUUCGGUGCGCCUCUACGACAAGCUGGAGGACAUUCCGAGCCUGGAGAAGUGCGUGGCCUCGGUCAAGACCGACUCGACUGUGGCCGACAUUGUGCCACUGAACCCGGGCCGCUUCAUGCUGGGCCUUGACUCAGGUGGUGUGGAGAUGCUUCAGCUGGCUGAGGAAGAGCCCCGGCUGUUGGACACCGUGUUCUACAGGCAGGACCACGACGGCGGUGUCACCUCUCUGGCUCUGUCACCCGACAGACGGUGGCUGGCUUCCGCUGGAUCAGAUUUUGUGAUCAAGCUGUGGGACAUGACCUCUAUGGAGUGCUCCAAGACGUACGUGGCAGCACACUCUGAUGCCGUCUGGAAGGUGGUCUUUUCCACAGACCCCAAUGUCUUCCUGAGCUGCAGCAAGGAUGGGAAGGUGAAGUCCUGGGACAUGAGGCUCAGUAAGCCGGCCACUAUUCUAGCCGAAGAUUCCUGCGGCCCAACUACACUGGACUGGCAGCCCCUGAGUGCCAGCAGCUAUGCUGUCGGCAUGCUGUCUGGAGCCCUGGCAGUGCGUGACAUCCGACAGCCCGCACAGGACGUGCUCCACGUGGAGCCAAGUGAGAGGUCGCUUCACCGAGUUCUCUUCUGCCCAGACACGCCAAGCUUGUUGGCGGUGUGUGCCAACGACCCAAUUGUGCGAGUGGUUGACGUGUCAAAGACGGAGGACAGCAUCACUUACCGCAGCGAGGAACACAGUCAUUUCGUGCGAGGCCUGUGCUGGACUGGCGAGCAUGUGCUCCUGUCGGCGGGGUGGGAUGGCCGCGUUGUGCAACACUCGGUUGGGCCCUCACCCGAAAGCGGGGAUGCACCUUCACCUGCCAGCGGCCAAUAAACUUGUGUGCUUGUAAA